UGAGAAGUGAAGAUGGGAAAAUGGAGAGCACAUAGUACAAUGGACAGAGCAGUUUUGAUACCGUUAAUAGCAGCCAUUUCGAUUAUCACAAUUGCUGUAGAUGCAGAAGACACAAAUCUCGUUUUUGAUCCAUGCUCGGACACGAAAAUCCAGAAAGGGGAUGGCUUUACCUUCGGCCUUGCCUUCUCCACGAAGGAAUCGUUCUUCUUUCAACAGAUUCAGCUUUCACCCUGUGACAAUCGACUUCCUCUAGCAGGUUCAAGUGCUCAGCUUGCUGUUUACAGGCCAAAAGUGGAUGAGAUCUCCCUGCUUACCAUCAACAGCAGCACAUUCAACCCGGGAAUGUCAGGAGGUUAUAUGGUAGCCUUCGCUGGACAUAAGUAUGCUGCAAGAUCAUUGCCAGUACAAGUGGCCGAUUCUACUCACACAAUAACCAGUUUCACUUUGGUCCUUGAGUUCCAGAAAGGUACGCUCCAAAACUUGUACUGGAAGAAGUUUGGAUGCGAUUCAUGCCCCGGGGACUCCACUGUUUGCCUCAACAAUGAAGACUGUGCAGUACCAAACUCCAAGUGUAGUCAUGCUGGGGCAUGCAACAUAGGCAUACAGCUCACAUUCUCGGGUACUGACAAGAACGAUGUUGUGCUCAACUCGUGGUACGAAGUAAAGAACCUUCGCCGGUACUCUCUGUAUGGCCUAUACUCUGAUCUUCGGGAUACAAUCACCAACCCAUCCCAAAAUAUGUUCUGAGACUGAUGAUUUGGUAGUGGAAACGGUGCAUUAGAAGGAUCGACUCCGAGUCUCUGAUGAUUGCCUAUCUCCAAAUAUUGGAAAACAAAUAUAGCCAGGUCAAUAGAAUGAGGAAAAACAUGCAGGCUUGUUGAAUUCCCAUCGAUUAACUUCUCCAUAUAGCAGCCUACAACAUCACGUGCCAACCUCAUUGAUUUAAUUCAGAAACUUCCAAAAUCUGCUAUGAACUCUCAAA